UCGGGAGAGGCCACAAGCUCUCAGAAGGUCUGCCGGUCCGCAUGGAGGAACAUCUCCGGUGCCCAGCAAGUCAGGACUACAAAGAUUUUCUUUUUCAUGCAUUUUGCAUCCUUUCCACGCGCUGAUUCGGCACUUUCCCCCCUCCCCUCCCAGAAUGAACUGAUCAAGUAGAAGUGAUUGAUGAACUUGAUUGAUGAUUUUUGUUUUUUUUUUUGCAAACUGAGUCGGAUUUCUGUCAUCUUUUGGACUUGAAUUUGCAAGGAGAACUUGUGGAACUUUUGCUUUGAUUUGAAAGACUCCCUCCAGCAUGAGAGCCAUCACUUGUAGAUCUAGCUGCUUGUUUCUGCACUUGUUGGCCUUCUUCUACUACGCUCAGGUAACCAAUCAGUCCCCGCCUAAUUUCACGCAGCACGUAAGCGAGCAGAGCAAAGUGACGGACCGAGUGAGCCGCAGGCUGAUCCGAAUCUACCAACUCUACAGCAGAACCAGCGGGAAACACGUGCAAAUCCUCCCCAACAGCAAGAUCAACGCCAUGGCAGACGAUGGAGAUGUGCACGCCAAACUCAUUGUGGAAACGGACACGUUUGGAAGCCGAGUGCGUAUCAAAGGAGCUGAGACGGGUCUCUACAUCUGCAUGAACAAGAGAGGCAAGCUCAUUGGAAAGAAAAACGGACAAGGUCGUGACUGCAUCUUCACGGAGAUCGUUUUGGAGAACAACUACACGGCCCUGAGGAACGCCCGCUACGAGGGCUGGUAUAUGGCCUUCACACGGCGAGGACGCCCACGCAAAGGCUCCAGGACACGACAGCACCAGCGUGAGGUUCAUUUCAUGAAGAGGCUGCCGAGGGGUCAGCAACCUGCGCAUCCGAGCCACCAGCGACCGUUUGACUUCAUUCACUACCCCUUCAACCAAAGGACUAAACGUACACAAUACUCCUAAUACUUCAUUCACUACCCCUUCAACCAAAGGACUAAACGUACACAAUACUCCUAAUACUUCAUUCACUACCCCUUCAAGCAAAGGACUAAACGUACACAAUACUGGUAAUACUGGUCAGAGUACUGAGGAACCUCUACAAAUCAAUGCUCUCCUGUGCGCCUCUUAUAGAGCAAUAGUAUAACUUUAUGUCUAGUUGCUGUUUUAGUUUUUUUUCUCAUUAAAAAACUGUAAAUAGACAAAAAUGAAAAACAUUUAUUUUUGUACUGCAGACGAUAAAGUCGUGACUCAUGUAAAAAAAGCAAAGUUCUAUUUUAGAUGCACAUAAUUCAUUGACUUACUGUACUCAUGACACGUUAGUAGAGUGAUUUUCUUUUUUGGACGCAAAGGACCCUGACGGACCCUGAAGGAUUCUGACUGACCGCACUGCCAGGAUUUCUUUUUCCUUUAUUUUCAUCUCAUGGUGACAACGUACAACUCGGCAGAUUGAAGCAAAUUUCUCAUUUACAAAUCAUGAGGACAAUAUACUUUAACUCAGGGGUGUCCAAAGUGCAACCCGGGGAGCAUUUUCAGCCCACCGCUUGGUUUUUACUGCAAAAAGGAAUGAACUGAAUAUUAAUGAAAUAUAUGAUGAGAUAUGACACUCAUUAGCUUUGUCAGCUAUAACACAAAGCUAAGAUGUGGAUGUUGUGUUCAGAUAGUUUCACAUAGAUUGACCUACAUAGCAUUGCUUUUAGCAUCUUUAAUGCACAAAAUGUAUAAGUGGCCCCCCGCCUUCCUUUCAUUUUUAUGAAUGCAACCCCCACUGGAAGGGUUUGGACACCCGUAGUAAACUAGAACUUUGUGUUGGAGCGACAUGGCAGCUACAUUUUCCACACUGACUGUACAGUUGUACGAAGAAAGAAGAAAGUGUGGCCAUACGGUACCACACCCUUCUUAUGCUUUGUCACCCCUACUAUGUCUCUUUUUAUACAUAUAUAAAUAUAUUUUUAUUUGAUGUGUAAAAUAAUUUUAAGGAUGGAAUAUUUAUUUAAAUGUGUAAU